GCCUGGCUGCAACAAUAUGGGUAUUUGCCCCCGGGCGACCUUCGCACGCACACCCAGCGGUCUCCCCAGUCAGUCUCUGCUGCCAUCGCUGCCAUGCAGCGUUUCUACGGACUUCGGGUGACGGGCACGGCCGACCCCGAGACUUUGAAGGCUAUGAAGAGGCCUCGCUGUGGCGUCCCGGAUAAAUUUGGAGCGGAAAUCAAAGCCAAUGUGAGGCGUAGGCGCUACGCAAUCCAGGGACUGAAGUGGCAGCAUUUUGAUCUUAGUUUCUGCAUCCAGAACUACACACCCAAGGUCGGCGAACAAGCCACCUUUGCUGCUAUCCGACGUGCCUUCCGUGUCUGGCAGUCGGUGACGCCGUUGCGCUUCCGUGAGGUGCCUUACUCGGCCGUGCGUGAGGGCCGCGAACCGCAGGCGGACAUCAUGAUCUUCUUUGCGGACGGCUUCCAUGGGGACAGCACGCCCUUCGAUGGUGAAGGCGGCUUCCUGGCCCACGCCUACUUCCCUGGGCCCCACAUUGGAGGGGACACUCACUUUGAUGCGGCCGAGCCCUGGACAUCUCGCAAUGAUGACCUCAGUGGAAAUGACAUUUUCCUCGUCGCUGUCCAUGAGCUGGGUCAUGCGCUGGGGUUGGAGCAUUCAAAUGACCCUUCUGCCAUCAUGGCCCCUUUCUACCAGUGGAUGGACACGGAGAACUUUGAAUUGCCAGAAGAUGACCGGCGGGGCAUACAGCAGCUCUAUGGAUCUGAAAUUGGCCACCCCAGCAAGCCUCCACCGAUCCCUCGCACUACUCCGAAGCCACGAAACCCUCACAAGCCCCCCAAGAACCCGACCUAUGGCCCCAACAUCUGCGACGGACGGUUUGACACCAUUGCUGUACUCCGGGGCGAGAUGUUCGUCUUUAAGGAUAAAUGGUUUUGGCGCGUGCGGAAUAACCGGGUGAUGGACGGGUACCCUCUCCCUAUUGGCCAGUUCUGGGUCGGUCUUCCCUCAACGAUCAACACGGCGUAUGAGAGGAAAGAUGGAAAAUUUGUCUUUUUCAAAGGAGACAAGCAUUGGGUUUUCAACGAAGCCAACCUGGAACCCGGAUACCCCAAACAUAUCAAGGAAUUAGGAAGGAGGCUUCCCACGGAUCGGAUCGACGCUGUACUUUUCUGGAUGCCGAGCGGAAAAACGUACUUCUUCCGGGGAAAUAAAUAUUAUCGCUUCAACGAGGAGAGCCGAUCAGUUGAUGCGGACUACCCCAAGAACAUUGAUGUCUGGGAAGGAAUUCCUGAAUCACCCCGUGGUGCAUUUAUGGGCAGCGAUGAGGCUUUCACCUACUUUUACAAGGGAGACCGCUACUGGAAGUUUAAUAACGAGAAGCUGAAGGUGGAACCGGGAUACCCCAAGUCGGUGCUCCGAGACUGGAUGGGGUGUAGCUCCGAUGACCGGCGCGAGGGAGAAGAAGUGAUCAUCAUCGAGGUGGACAAUGCUGAGGAAGGGGGGCUGAACGCAGCCGCGGUGGUCGUUCCUGUCCUGUUGCUCCUCACCAUCUGCGCCUUGGGGGUAGCCAUUCUCAUCUUCAAGCGUUACGGCACGCCCAAGCGGUUGCUCUAUUGCCAGCGUUCUCUGCUGGACAAGGUGUGACCUGUAUUUUACCUGGCUUGGGAGUAUAGGUCUCACCUGCCUCCCCCCCCGUCUGCCACAAUUUGGCUCCGGUCCCCUAGUUGUCACCUUGGGUCAUCCUGUCCUGGCACCCUCUGUCCCCUGCUUCUGCCUCCUUUUUCCGUCAGACCUCUGGCUCGUCCUGCCUGCUGGCCGCCAGCCAUGUUCUCUCUCUAAAAGGUUUCCUUCACCAGGGCUGGUCCUCCGCCUUCGUUUGCUUUCUCCUACCUCCCCUCCUGUCUUUCCCUUCUGCGUUUGUUCCCUUUCCACUGUGUUUCCGUUGUCCGUUCUCACCCCACUGGGCAGUGGGUGUGCUGAGCACACUCCUUAAAGUAAUUCGAUGAGGCAUAAAGUAGAGGAUCACACUCUACAGGGGUGAUGGCGAUGCCAGCCUUGUUGCCACCCUCUUGCAAGGGGGCAUCCUUUGACCUCGUAGAGAAAAGAGACACUUAUUCCGACCUACGGCGAAUACUUUAGGCUCUCGUGAUCAUCCCAGGGACCUUCGAUCUAAAAUAUUGGUCACCAGAUCUCUCUCGCCACCCUCGCCAUCUCUCGCCGGUCCUUCCUUCCAAGAACAAAUAGAAUUGACUGGUGGAGAAACAUCUCCUCUGCGUUGCUCAACCAAACAGCAAUGAGUAGGGGAAUUGCAGGUUUUGGCCUGUUAGUGGGUGAAGCGUUACAGACCACAAAGGGAAACUGCCCCUUCCAGGGGAGAGACCACGGAUUCCAAAGGGGACACUCCCAUUCCAUUGGGCAAGGCUUGAAAAGUGGGGAGGAGCCAUGGCUGACCAGUCCAAGGACUUAUGGAAGACUACCCAAUCGGAAAUAGCAGGGAGGGAAGUGGGUGGGUUGCAAGGGGCAGAGGGUCUGGCCCAAACACCCUCUUUUCUUGGGGGUGGGGAGGAAUCUAGUCAGGUGGGGAGGGGGUAAAGCAGAGCUUUGCCCGCGAUGUAAUGGAGUGGAACAUUGGUACCUUGACCGUAAUGGGAAACGGGGCAUGUUUGAGAGAGAGAGGGAGAAUGAUUGUGCGGGUUGGAGGAGAUGUUUGUCUAGAACAGCUGUCCCCAUCUUGGUGCCUUCCAGAUGUUGAGAUCAAGGGUGGCCAGGGGGGUCCAAAAAGUCAAGAUGGGGCCACCGUGACGGCUAUCUUGACUUUUUUUACUCCUCCCAUGGACACCCCAGGUUAGGACUAAACUCUCAGUACUUGGCCAAGAGUUUUGGGCACGGAGCCCAAAUAUACCUGUACACCUAUAUACCUGUAGGGCACCUGGCUGGAGGCCGAGGAGGUCAGCCAAGUUCAAAUGUUGGCAGUGCCACUUCUGGAAGUGUUUACUUCUUCAUCUGACGAUACUUGCAUGACGUUUACAGUUGUCACUUAAAAUCCAUUCCGGAUUCUGCAAAAAGGAUAGAAAGCGGUGUUUCGCAAAGAGGGGGAAGAGGAGAAUUGCACCAGAGAACUGCCUCAAACUGCCUUAUCAUCGUGUGUCUUGAUUUUUUUUUAUGUAAUUUUAAUUAUUAUACAGAAAUGCCUUUUUUUUUUUUUUAAGCAAGGAGUUAAAAAUAGCGCAUUAAUGGGGUGUGGGAAA